UCAAACUAAACUUCCAAUCUAUUCAGAAGAAGGUGCAUUUACAUUUCUGAUUACGCCGGUAACUUUUUAAGAUUAAAGUAGGUACAUCGUUAUAAUGCCUGCAAAGUACAAGAUUGUGAUGAUCCGCCACGGCGAGAGCGAAUGGAAUCAGAAGAACCUCUUUUGCGGAUGGUAUGAUGCCGACCUGAGCGACAAGGGCCGUGAAGAAGCAGUAUCAGCAGGCAAAGCUUUAAAAGCUGAAGGAUAUCAGUUUGAUGUAGCCCACACGUCAGUUCUGAAAAGAGCGCAAAUUACUCUGAACUCUAUACUCCAAGAGUUGGGCCAGACUGAUAUUCCGAUCAAUAAAACCUGGAGGUUGAAUGAGAGGCAUUACGGUGGUCUUACUGGACUCAAUAAGGCUGAGACUGCUGCAAAAUAUGGUGAAGCGCAGGUGCAAAUCUGGCGCCGCAGUUUCGAUAUCCCACCUCCACCAAUGGAGAAGGAACAUCAGUACUAUGACACCAUUGUUAAGGACACGCGCUAUGCUGGAGAUCCGAAGCCAGAAGAUUUCCCCAUGUUCGAGAGCUUAAAGCUCACUAUUGAACGCACAUUACCCUACUGGAACAACGUCAUUGUGCCACAGAUCAAGGAGGGCAAGAAGAUAAUUAUUGCUGCUCAUGGCAACAGUCUUAGAGGCAUUGUGAAGCAUUUAGAUGGUUUAUCCGAUGCUGCUAUAAUGGAACUGAACCUGCCUACUGGCAUUCCGUUUGUAUAUGAACUUGAUGAAGACAUGAAACCUGUGGACUCCAUGGUGUUUUUGGGAGACGAGGAGACUGUCAAGAAAGCAAUGGCAGCUGUGGCCGCUCAGGGCAAAGCAAAGUAAACUAGUCGAAGACACUUAGAUGUGGUUACUGCAUAAUAGUUUUAUUUAUUUGUUUAAGAAUGUGGCAUACAAACUCAGGUAUUUAGUUUUAUAUUUUUAUAGGAGUUAAAUUCUUAUUUAGGAAAUAUAAACAAUAAUAAUAGGGUCGAAAUUACUUAUCACAUAAUAAUCCCUUUGGUAGUAUUAUCCUAAAGCAUUGUCUGUCUGCUGUCUGCUAAUCUAAACAAGUUUUACCUAUAUACUUAUUGAAGGUCUCUCAGCUUCAAUUUGUUGGUGGAAGUUUACAUAAUUAUAUUGUACAUUGUUUUUUUUUGUAUAUAAGCCAAACAAAGUAG